GGCACACCCACGAGGACCCCUUUGCCCAGACGCGCACCCCAGCCAGAUGUGGGGGGCAGCUGCCAAGAGGCAUGCCCAUUACCCAGCCACGCCACCCCCACCUCCUGCUGCUGCUCCUGCUGCUGGCCCGCCAGCCACAGGCCCCCGCCGCUCAGGUGAUGGACUUCCUGUUUGAGAAGUGGAAGCUCUAUGGAGACCAGUGUCACUACAAUCUGAGCCUGCUGCCACCCCCCACUGAGCUGGUCUGCAACCGAACCUUCGACAAGUACUCCUGCUGGCCGGACACGCUUCCCAACACCACGGCCAACAUCUCCUGCCCCUGGUACCUGCCCUGGCACCACAAAGUGCAGCACCGCCUUGUCUUCAAGAAGUGCGGCCCCGAUGGGCAGUGGGUGCGGGGGCCCCAGGGACAGCCAUGGCGCAAUGCCUCCCAGUGCCAGAUGGACAAGGAGGAGCUGGAGGCCCAGAAGGAGAUGGUUAAGAUGUACAGCAGCUUCCAGAUGAUGUACACGGUGGGCUACUGCCUGUCCCUGGCGGCACUGCUUCUCGCGCUGGCCAUCCUGCUGGGCGUCAGCCAGCUGCACUGCACCCGCAACUACAUUCACAUGAACCUGUUCGCCUCCUUCGUGCUCAAGGCCAGCUCCGUGCUGGCCACGGAUGCACUGCUGCAGACACGCUACAGCCAGAAGAUCGGCAACGACCUCAGCGUGAGCAUCUGGCUCAGCGACGGGGCGGUGGCCGGCUGUCGCGUGGCGGCCGUGUUCAUGCAGUACGGCGUCGUGGCCAACUAUUGCUGGCUGCUGGUGGAGGGCGUCUAUCUGCACAGCCUGCUGGGCCAGGCCGCCUUCACCGAGAGGCGCUUCUUCACGCUCUACCUGGGCAUCGGCUGGGGUGCCCCGAUGCUCUUCGUCAUCCCCUGGGCCGUGGUCAAGGGUCUGUUUGAGAACAUCCAGUGCUGGACCAGCAAUAACAACAUGGGCUUCUGGUGGAUCCCGCGGUUCCCCGUCUUCCUGGCCAUCCUGAUCAAUUUCUUCAUCUUCAUCCACACCAUCCACAUCCUCAUGGCCAAGCUGCGUGCCCACCAGGUGCGCUACACGGACUAUAAGUUCCGGCUGGCCAAGUCUACGCUGACCCUCGUCCCCCUGCUGGGUGUCCAUGAGGUGGUGUUUGCCUUCGUGACCGACGAGCACGCCCAGGGCACACUGCGCUUCAUCAAGCUCUUCUUCGACCUCUUCCUCAGCUCCUUCCAGGGCCUGUUGGUGGCUGUUCUCUACUGUUUUCUCAACAAGGAGGUGCAGGCAGAGUUGAUGCGGCGCUGGUACCGAUGGCGCGUGGACAAGGCCCUGCAGAAGGAGCACCAGCUGGGCAGCCAUGCAGCCCAGCCUGGCCACGGGUCCCCCAGCGAGAAGCUGCUGCUGAGGAGGAGCGGCGGGAGUGAUGGAGCCGGCCCGGACCCCCCCUCGGAGACCCCCUCGGCCCAUGGCCUCCCUAGGCUGGCUGAGAGACCCUUCUGA